AUGACACAGUUAGCAUGGCAUUGCAAUAUGGGGUGGGGGUGUCUAGAGGGCAACAAAGACAUGAUGCUUACAAGAUGGACAAGGAUGAUAAUUGGGCCUCCAAGAACAAUUUAUGAAUACAGAAUAUACAGCCUUAAAAUAGAAUGUGGGCCUAUAUAUUCAAAAGCACCCCCAUCUGUAAGAUUGGUAACAAAAGUCAAUAUGAACAGCAUGAGUAGUUUGAAUGGAGUGGUGGAUCCUAGAGCCACAGCAGUCCUGGCAAAGUGGCAGAAUUCCUACAGCAUCAAAGUCAUCCUGCAGGAACUUUGA